AUGACCAUUAAAGAAGUCGGCCUAUCUGACCCUGUGUUAGAAUCAUUAGCACAAUGUUUUUCUAGAAGCUCGAGUGAAGUUAAGGCCAGAUAUGAAUCUCUUGUUGAGGAAGAGAAGGGCUCAAAGAAUGGGGAUAAUGAAGCACAAGCUAUGAAUUCCUUUCUUGAGAAGGAUCUUGAAGUCUUUGAUUGCAGGCUACAUGGACGUUCUCAGGAUCUUGUCUUUCCUGCUGAGAAGCAACUGUCAUGGAGCCAUCCAAAUGAUGAAAAUGCACCAUGUGGUCCUCGUUGCUAUCAAAUUCAAAACACUUACAAGUGUCUUCAAACGGAUUCAUUUCAGGUUUUAAAGUCAGAAACUGCUAUAAUGAACUCUCCUGGACAUGGUGAUAGCGAAGAAAAACCUGUUCCUUCAUCUGAUGGUACUGUGCCUCAGAUAUUGUGUAGAAAGAAAUCUUCUGUUUCAUCUGCUAGGAGGAGGCUGAAAUCUUACCAAAGUGAAAGUGCUUCAUCAAAUGUAAAAAACACGUCAGAAAGUAGUGAUUCAGACGCUGGGCCUCAUCAAGAGACAGUUUCUACUGAACACCUACCAUCCCCCAAGGCUAAGCUUGGUGGAAAAUGUGUGAAUCGAAAGAGAAAUAGCAAGAGAGUUGCUGAACGUGUUCUAGCUUGCAUGCAGAAAAAGCAGAAGAAGAUUGUGACAUCUGAUUCUGAUUCCAUUGCCAGUGGAGGUCUUUCUCCAAACGAUAUGAAACCUAGAUCUAAUUCUCGCAGAGAAAGUGAGGAUGCUACUUCUUCUUCUCAUAAGCAUAUGAAGCCAGGAAGCAAUGGAAAGUCUAGGAGGAAAGAGUGGUUGGUUCAGGACAAUCACAAUUCGAUGCAGGAUGAGGUUCAUCACAGUCCUUCAAAUGAAAUGGUUACUGACCCACCAGCAACUAGCAGCAAUGAUACUUUUAAAAAAGAAGAUGUUUUGAAUUGGCUUUGCAGCUGUGGCGAUGGCACUCUUGGUGUACCUAGCCAAAGAGGUGAUAAUUAUGAAUGCAGGAAUAUGAAGCUUCUACUCAAGCAACAACAAAGGGUUUUACUUGGAAGAUCUGAUGUUUCUGGCUGGGGAGCUUUUUUGAAGAAUAGUGUUGGCAAGCAUGAAUACCUUGGUGAGUACACGGGAGAGCUAAUUUCACAUCGGGAAGCUGACAAGCGAGGGAAGAUUUAUGACCGUGAAAAUUCAUCAUUUCUUUUCAAUCUAAAUGAUCAGUUUGUGCUUGAUGCUUAUCGGAAGGGGGACAAAUUGAAGUUUGCCAAUCAUUCUCCAGAUCCUAAUUGCUAUGCAAAGGUCAUUAUGGUUGCAGGGGAUCACCGGGUGGGCAUCUUUGCCAAAGAGCGGAUUAUGGCAGGAGAGGAACUAUUCUAUGACUAUCGUUAUGAGCCAGACCGGGCUCCUGCUUGGGCUAGGAAACCUGAGGCGUCUGGGUCCAAAAAAGAGGACGGUGCUCCUUCAAGUGGCCGUGCUAAGAAGCUAGCCUAGUAUGAGCAUUUAUUAAAAAUACUAAAUUCUUUUGUUUUCUCGUUUUCUUGGCAUUCUUUUACAUUAGAGGUAGAGGCAUCAUCAUAUAGACAUCAGGUGAAGGGUUAUUCUCUUACCAUUUAGUUGUUGGAGAGGUCAUUGUCAUCUCCAUUGGUAACGUAGGUCAUUUUGGGUUCAAUUCAUAUUAUCCCUGAGCUAACCACACAGUAAAGUUGGAAAAUGGAAAAACUCAAGCGUAGCCCGAAUACCAUUCGACACAUGAAACAAGUAAAAGAAAGUUGAGGGGUGGAAGUGAACUUCAAUUUUUUUUUUUUUUUUUUUCCCUUCUCCUUUGGCCUUUUCUAUGGAGGUUGGCAUGGGGACUUGUGCCAUUGUAUCUGCAGCAAAAGAACAUUCUGCUCAAGCUUAAAAACGGAGCAAGAAUGUUUUGGUGCUUUCAUUAUUAAUGCAGAUAUGUUGAUUUAUACUUUUAGAUCUCAGGAA